CGAAAGGAAAAGGAAGCGCGAGGAGUCACUCUGUUCAGCGGUAUUUUGUCUACGGACUGAUUUUGCAUGCCGCAAUCUUUCACACUCGCCACCAAUAACGACUGGUUGUCUGCAUUGCAAUCACAAUGCUCAUUCACCAGAGCUGGCUGGCAGCCUGCACAAUCACAUUUCUGAAAGUCGCGAACGGACAACAAUUCGAUUCUUCGACAUCGCCAUGCCCGGCUCGCUGCGAUAUCGAGAGUCCAACCUCUUGGACAUACUACUACGAUCUCGCCGAGCUCGAUAGCUGCGAUGGUACCACCAUCUUUCAAUUGAAUGUCAAAAAUGCGGUCAACGAUCCCAACACACAUGUGUACUUCCGUGCAUGUACUGUUACGGGUGACAUUAUCGGCGAGGACACGAACGUCGGCAGUCGCAUCGUGAAGAGGCAGCAGCUCUCUUUCAACCAAACAGUUCCUGAGUCAAGUCUGGUCACCCUUAGUACUUCUGGAAGCCCUUCGGCCGAUGCUGCAAGUGCACAGUCUGCAUUGAGUGGACUGCAGACAUAUCUCCAGAAUGGUGUUCGUGAGAACACAAUCCUCUUCUCGAGAGCUGGCCAGACAAUUGCAGGGUUAUUUUCUGGAUCGCAGGUCGAAUCAGCCAGCGCGCAUUCCGCUGUGUCACGUCUAGGCUCGUUCUUGAGUCAAGGUGCGCAGGCGCAGCAGACCAUUGCACAGGCUUGCGGCUCUGGCAACGGCACUAUCAGUCCACAGUUCUUUGGAGUAGUCGUAGACACCACCGGAGACGUGGCCGCAGUGCAAGAAGCACUGAGAAGUUGGAAGGACGCUGAAUGUGUUACCAGUGGUACUUCUAUCACUUGGGAACGUGUCACGGUCAAUAUUAUGCCCGGAAGCGACGUCUCAGUGGUGCCUAGUACAGACAGUGAGCCUGCAGAUACCAGACUCGAUGCGAGAUCAUCGCUUCAGCGUAGAGAUACGUGCCGAUACACACAGGUGCAAGCCGGAGAUGGGUGCUUCUCGGUCGCUCAACGAUGUGGAAUCCCGCAGUCAGAAAUGGAACGUUAUAACAGAAACGGUCUUUGCACCAGUCUCAAACCUGACGAGUACGUUUGCUGCUCCAGCGGUGAUCUUCCUGACUUCUCGCCACAACCGGGCGCCGAUGGCCAGUGUGUUGCAUACACUGUAGAAGCUGGAGACACAUGUUUCGAUAUUGCUGAAGCCCACCAGAUGACCGUCGACGACAUACUUGCCCGGAACACUCAAACUUGGGGAUGGAUGGGCUGCGAGAAUAUCCUUCUGGGGGCCAAGAUAUGCCUCAGCACUGGAACGCCGCCAUUUCCAGCGGAAGUUUCCAACGCUGUCUGUGGACCUCAAGCUCCUCUGGAUGAUAUAAGCACACGUCCUACAGAUCCCGAUGACUGGAUCGACUUUAAUCCAUGUCCCCUCAAUGCGUGCUGCAACAUCUGGGGCCAGUGUGGCAUCACCAGCGAGUUUUGCACAGUCAGUCCGAGUGAGACUGGCAAUCCUGGCACCGCUGCACCUGGAAGUAAUGGCUGUGUAUCCAAUUGUGGCACCGACAUCAUCACCGGCCCAGGACCUACGAACUUUGAGCACGUGGGCUACUACGAAUCGUACCACAUUGAUCGUCCAUGCAACUUUAUGUCCAUUUCUGACAUUCCUGAUAAAUACACCAUCGUUCACUGGGCAUUUGGAGACAUCACUGACGACUUCCGUGCCUCGAUCUCACCCUAUGAGAAUGACUGGAACGAUUUCAAAGCAGCGACUGGCUUCAAACGUAUAGUAUCUUUCGGCGGCUGGGCGUUCUCUACUGAGCGUUCGAGCUACUACAUCUUCCGACAAGGAGUUUUGCCAGCGAACAGACAGACUUUCGCGAACAAUAUGGCCGAUUUCGUCCAGCGAGAAGGCUUGGAUGGAGUCGAUUUUGACUGGGAGUACCCUGGGGCUCCCGAUGGUCAAGGCUCGGGCAUUCCUGUUGACGCACCAGAAAGAGGACUCGACUACCUUGAGUUUCUCAAGCUUGUUCGUGCAGCUCUGCCGUCGCAAUACACAAUCGGCAUCGCCGCACCUGCAUCAUUCUGGUACCUCAAAGCAUUUCCCAUCGCAGAGAUCUCACAGGUGGUUGACUACAUUGUCUACAUGACCUACGAUCUUCAUGGGCAAUGGGACUAUGGUAACAAGUGGACUUCACCAGGAUGUCCUAACGGCAAUUGCCUUCGUUCACACAUCAACCAGACAGAGACUGAAACGGCGCUUUCCAUGGUUACGAAAGCGGGAGUCCCUGCAAACAAACUCUUGCUUGGUCAAGCUCUCUACGGGCGCAGCUUUAAAAUGAGCUCUGCCGGCUGCUACACUGGAGAGUGCACUUUCAGUGGGCCGUCCAGCGGUGCAGCGCCUGGCCGUUGCACUGGAGUAGGCGGUUACCUUUCCAACCUGGAGAUCCGCGAAAUCAUAGAAGGGGGCCAGCACAGCGUUCAGGAAUACUAUACCGAGGAAGCUGGUAACAUACUGGUCUACGAUGAGACUGAAUGGGUGUCGUGGGCCACGGAAUCUACCUAUGACUCUCGGACGGACUGGGCUCGCGGUCUCGGCCUUGGAGGGAUCUCUGACUGGGCCAUCGACCUUGACAUUACUGGCACUCGCAGUGGAAAUGGUAGCAAUGGCGGUGGCGGCGGUGAGAAUGGCGAGGUGGUUCUCAUUGAUCCCUCCAUCUAUUCCGAUCCCAACCCAGUCGCUUUCUGUCAACCCCCAUGCACCUUCGUAUUUCCGCCCUGGCAGUUGCCCUACACUACGACCAUCUCUCCGCCUCCCAUCACAUCGACAGUGGUGAACGCAUGGAACGAUGUGGUAACACGUCGGAAUCCUGAUGGUGCGACAAUGACAGAAACGCUUUCAUUCACGACUACAACUGUCACCGUGAUCACCGUCCCUGCAGUUACGACUACUGCCAUCAAUGUCUGGAAUUGGGUAUGGACAAACACAGAUCAGUCGAUAGCGACAUUGACGAGCAGUCUAAAAUUCCCGCCAUUAACCUUGACUCAAUCGAGCACGGUGUACAGGAUCUCGGAGAAUGAUGAAGAAACCACUAUCGAAGGUGCCACAUACACAUUUCUGCUGGGACCUUUCCCAUCUGUCGGUGCCACAGUUUCGGAUCCUUCUGUCACAUCUUCAACAACAGUUUUGCCACCGGGCCAGUCGCCAACCAUCACUACCCCAGGACAAACGACAACCAUCCCAACAGGUCAGCCAACACAACCUCCGGAUCAGACAACGCAGCCUCCACCCCCUACAAGCUGUGGAGACUGCCCGCCCACAGUCACUGUCUCAACCGGCACGCCUGGGCCAAUUUGCGAGGAUGGUUGCGGAGAGCCAUGCGAAUUCGGAUGCUCGAGGCCUGAGCCUUGUUCCCCUCUCGGGUUGGGCUGCAACUGCAUUGGAAUCGGCUGCGAUAACGGUCCUUGCUUGGGCCUAGGAUGCGUAGACUUUCCCGGCGGCAAUCCUCCUCCGGGCGGCUUUCCACCUCCCCCAGGCCCCCCUCCCCCAACACCACCUCCAGGCGAGUCACCUACUCGAACCACUUCAUCAGCUAGCAGUAGCUCCUCAUCCGCCGAAUCUUGUCCUCUGUUCAUAGAAGAGGGGUACACGGCGCCUCUUGACGAGAAUGGAGAACCAACCGAGCCAAAUGUCGAUGUUCCAAUUCCUGGUGGUGGAAAUGGAGGCGGAGGAACAACUUCAAGACCAGUGACUACGCCGCGACCGAGCACCACCGCUUCGUACAUAUCCUGCAGAACACAGAACCAGCAACCUGGCCAGGGUAUCACCCGAGCUUACUGCGUGUGUGAUGGUUCGACAUUUCCUCAGUCCACGGCUACGGAUCCUCCAAACAGCUGCGCUUAUACAUCAUUGCCAGGUCCAUCAGCUACAAUAAGUAUCACUCGUUUGCCCACAGGACCAACCAUAACGAGGCCCACGACGACAGAUCCACCGGCUCCCACCUCAGUUCCGAAUGACUAUACCUUCGUCAUCCUUGCACGCGAGAUCGUUGUGGGAAGCAUCGGUGGCGCGACCAUUAAUUGGAGCUGGGUCGGCAUCACGGUGCCAAUCGGAGAGGAAGUGAGCUCAAACUUCUGCAACCAGAACGACUUCCCUCAGGCUGUGCGCAAGGGCGUCGGCCGGUCCUCGCCGCCAAAAUUUCCCGACUCUCUUGGUCCAUUCGACCUCGAAGGCCGUGAUGAUUGCACUUAUGAAGGCGAUCCGGAUGGGCCACCGGGCUUCAUCACUUGUGACGGUGGGUAUGAGGCUACUUGCCUAGAAUUCACGGGAGUAGACGUGCUGGACUGUGCUCCAGCAUCCGGAAAUCCAGCGCGAGACAACUACUACUUUGCACUGCGCUGCUUUUACAGAUGAGGAGUCAAGUUGCGAUCGCUACAUAGGACAAAAUCAUCAAUAGGGUCGGUCACACGACUGGAACACCCUUCCGAACAUCACCAUUUUGAGUACAACUCUGUCGAGCGCCCACGGCUCAUUGAAGCUCCGUAAAUGCAGCGGACAGGCCAGGAUUUGCGCAAGCGCUCAAUAGACCGUACAUAGUGAGAAGAUCGGCAGUUGAGGUC